CAUUGCCAAGCUCUCGACUAGCUGCUCAACGUACCAGAUCCUCUGCAAGAUCAGAGAUGGCAAUGGCCAGAGCCUUCCUCCUCGCCGUCGCGGCCGUGGCCGCUGUCCUGGCGGUGCCGCAGCUCGCCGCGGCGGCGGACCAUCCGGUGGGAGGCACCGGCAGCUGGGACGCCAGCGGCACGAGCUACAACGCCUGGUCCGCCAAGCAGACCUUCAAGCCGGGCGACACCUUGUCGUUCAAGUUCGCGCCGUCCCACGACGUCACCGAAGUCGACAAGAAAGACUACGACUCCUGCUCCGGCGCCAACUCCAUCAAGUCCUACACCGGCGGCAGCGCCGCAGUCAAGCUCACCGCCCCGGGCAAGCGCUACUUCAUCUGCAGCGUGCCCGGCCACUGCGCCGCCGGCAUGAAGCUCGAGGUCACCGUCGCCGCGGCCGCGGUCACCGCGCCCGCGCCCGCGGCCGGCAAGCCCCACCACAAGAGGAGCGUCGCCCCGACCCCGGCCCCUGCGGUGGCACCAGAGCCUGAUGCUUCUUCCACCGACGUGUCCACGCCCACUGCGGCGCCGGCGCCCAAGUCGUCGGACGCUGCUGCUGGCAUGCUCGGAGGCAAGGCUGUCGUGGGGCUCGCCGUGGGCGUCGCCAUGGCCUUGGCCAUGUGAGCGUCGUGACACGCACGCACGACUUUUUUUUUGGCAGAAAUAAUUCAUUAUCGUUACAGAUGUUUCCUCUUUUUUAAUUCCCCCCUUCUUUUGGCGUCUUUGGCGGCAAGCAGCAGCAUGUAUUCGAUUCAAUUGUAUUAUACAUGAACGGUGAUUAUAGUGUAAGUAUUGUUGUCACUGUUGAGGCCGAAUAAA